AUGGAGCAAGAACUCCUGUCGCUCCUGGCAGACACCCAGUCACCCAAGGCCGAUACCAGGAGAGCGGCAGAGUCACAGCUGGAAAGCCUUUAUGUCCAUGAUUCCUUCGCAAUCUCACUCACAGCAAUCGCUUCGCAUGAGUCAGUUCCGGUCAACCUGCGCCAGUCUGCCCUCUCAGUAUUACGUACCUUCAUUGCCGCCGCUUGGUCUCCAAUUCUCGAUGAAUUCAAAGGACAAAUCCUCAUCAACGAUGCGAACAAAUCCAGCGUUCGCCAGGCACUAUUGGUCCUCGCGACAAAUGAUAACCCUCAGCGCAAGGUGAAAAACUCCGCAAGUUUCGCUGUCAGCAAGAUCGCCAGUGCCGACUUCCCGGACGACUGGCCCGAGCUGCUCCCUUCACUGCUCAGUAUCAUCAAUAACUCCGCCAGUACCGAUGGCCAGAUGCAUGGUGCAUUGAAGGUUCUCUUAGAUCUUGUCGAUACAGGGUUCAGUGAGGAGCAGUUUUUCAACGUCGCCCGUGAUCUCGUUUCGUCCCUUUUUGCUGUAGCUACCGCUGAGUCCAGGCGGCCAAUGCUGCGCGCUCUGGCUGUUGCAGUCUUCCGCUCCUGCUUCGAUACAUUGGAAAUGGUGCUGGAACAACACAAGACGGCCAUUAAGCAAUUCAUGGAUGAGGUGCUCAGUGGAUGGUCGCCGUUCUUCGACACGGCUUUGAAGGCACCCCUACCGCAGCCACCCAACGAGGAAGAGGAGCAUAAACAAGGGGAGAUUGCAUCGCAGUGGAGGGGAAUUGUUGGGUUAAAGUUGCAAGUCGUCAAGACUCUUAUGAAAAUCCGCAUGGUGUUCCCUGCUCUUUUGACUGCACAAAGCCCCAUUUUCUUCUCAACAGUCUGGACAGAACUCACCAACGCGUUGCCGAUCUACCAGAAUUUCUACAUUGAGGAUAACAGACAGAGUCGUUUGGAGGAUGCGGACGGACUUCCCCACUCACUCGAUUUCCUCGUUUUGGAGGAGCUUGAUAUAAUCCAGGCCCUUUUGAAGGCACCCCCAGUAAAGGCAGAGCUGCAGCAGCAACUUCAAAAUGCCGGUGCGACUGCCAGCACGUCCAGCUGGCUUCCGGAGAUUAUGAAGCUCGCCAGUUCCUAUGCACAGAUUACAACAGAGGAGGAGGCUCUAUGGGAGAUUGAUGUCAACCUUUUCCUUUCGGAGGAGACUUCUGUCACGGCCAACUACACCCCUCGAACUUGCAGCGGAGAUCUAGCGAUUAAGGCUGGUGAAUGGCUGAAGGGUACAGCUGCCGAGGGUCUCCUGGGCUACAUGAACACCGUCUUUGCUGAUUCGUCUGUCUCAUGGAAAUCACGGGAAGCUUCCCUGUAUAUUCUCAACUGUCUGCUUCGAGACUUCGGUGAAGUCGAUCAAGAGAUCUCACCUGAGCUGGCAUCUCACUUCACUCAAUUCGUGCAAUAUGCGACCCAACAAGAACAGGAGCUCUUGCGCGCUCGGGGCUACCUUGUGGCUGGCGCUUUGUCCAAGGUCGCCGGCAAGGCAUUCCAACAGACCACAUCAUCCUAUUUGGAGGCUACUUUGAAGGCGAUCGCCGAAGACCCCGCCGAAGUGGUCCAAGUGGCCUGCAUCCGGGUGUUACAAGAUCUGAUGCCCGCUCUGCCGAAGGGCUUGGCCCGCCCCUUCCAGCCUGCUGUGAUUGCGGCCAUUUCAGAAUUCAUAUCUGCACACGACCUUCGUGAACAGACUGACUCCGAUGAUCUUAAGGUUACGUUGGCGGAAACUCUCCGGGACACUAUUAUGGCCGAUUCUAGUGUGGUUCUAUCAUCUCCUGCCAUCGACGUGUUGUUCAACAUUGCUAGUAGCGGAGCCGAAAACUUCCAAUUGACCUUGACCGUCACAGAGGCAUUUGAAGAUAUUGUGGACCAAAUUACCGAUAGUGGCCCCGAUUCUUACAUGCGUCUUUGCGAGAAGGUGCUUCCCUCGUUGAUGGGCGCGAUUGAUGUGGGCAAUCUGACUGAAGAGAAUGCUUUGACAAACUUCGCAGCCGAUCUUCUUCGCGCUCUAGCCGAGCGGAGUCCUGAGCCCAUGCCCGCUGGUUUCGUGGAGACGGUGAUGCCCAAGUUGAAUCGCCUGCUGCUGAACUCUGAUGAGGCCGAAUUAAUCCGGCCCGCCACAGAGGCCGUACGGCACAUGCUCUCUCACGACUUUGCGCAGUUCAUUGCCUGGCGUGAUCCUCAAUCUGGAAAGGAAGCACUUGAAGUUGUUUUGGUCAUCAUUGACCGCCUGCUGGGCCCAGCCGUGGAUGACAAUGCAGCCACAGAGGUCGGCCAGCUAGCAGCAGAAUUGGUUGAAAGGGCCGGCUCCGAGCGCCUCGGUCCUUACCUUCCGCAGCUCCUACAGGCCGUGGCACAGCGAUUGGCGACAGCACAGCAAGCGCAAUUCAUCCAAAGUCUCAUUCUCGUCUUCGCGCGACUCACUCUCAUCAGCGCACACGAGGUAGUCGACUUCCUGGCCCAGGUCAACCUAGGCGGCCAGAGCGGACUCACCGUGGUGCUGAGCAAGUGGCUUGAGAACUCCGUCAACUUCGCCGGCUAUGACGAGAUUAAACAGAACAUCUUCGCCCUGGCACGUCUAUACGAGCUUGCCGACCCACGUGUGGCCGAAGUACCCGUCAAAGGCGACCUCAUCAUCCAGGAUACCGGCCGAAUCAAGACCCGCUCGCAGGCCCGCAAAAACCCAGACCAAUUCACAACAGUGCCCGCACCACUGAAGAUUAUCAAAGUUCUGGUCGAAGAACUGGGUGCAGCAUCCGGAAAUAAGGAAAUCGAUGCUGCCGCUGCGGCCCUGGAUGACGCCGACAGCGACGACGAUGACGACGACUGGGAGGAUCUCCCCAGCCAGGUCCUUGACCUCGGCAUUGGAGCCACGAAACAGGGGCUGCUGAAUUUCGGCGAGGGCGGCUCCGAGAGUGUUUUUGGUGUGCGUCGCCGAGACGAUGAAACGCAGGGCUUCCUGGUGGAUUUCUUCCGACAGGCCUCCACGCAGCCUGGUUUCCAAGAAUUAUAUGCAGCGCUGACUCCGGAUGAGCAAGCUAAGCUGCAGAGUCUGUGA